CGGUGGUAACUCGGCACUCGCGCGGUUACCGACGCGACUCCAGGAGUCGCGCCGGCGCUGGAACGUGACUGGAGCGCCAGCGAGCGACCGCCAGCGUGAGACACGCAGUGCAUCGCGUGUCCGGAGCGCGAUUCAGUCGGUUUCGAUUCAGCGCGAGACUGCGCGGGGUCGAGCACAGCGGCGACGGCGACGGCGACGGCGACGACGACGACGACGACGAGGAGGUGGCGAUCGACGAAAAGGUGCCAAGGCUGCUGUCUCGGUGCGCUACUCGCAGUGUCCCAUCAGCGGCCCGGCCGCGCGAGUUCGACCGUUGACGUUCGUUUGUCUCACCGUUCGUCCCCGACGAGAGCGUCAAGAUUCUGCGACUCACGCUCGCCGCGAUCAGGAGGAUGACGACGGCGGUCGACAAGGAGGAAGCGAGGAAGCGGCUGACGCCGAUCCAGUGGCAUGUGACGCAGGAAAAGGGCACGGAGAGGCCAUUCACCGGCUGCUACAAUAAGUUUUACGAAAAGGGAAUGUACACCUGCGUCGUGUGCGAUCAGGAAUUGUUCUCCUCGGACACGAAGUACGACAGUGGAUGCGGUUGGCCCGCAUUCAACGAAGUGUUGGAUCAGGGACGCAUUAAACUUACCAAAGAUACCUCUCAUGAGGAUCAACGUGUUGCUCAUCGUCCGGUUCGGUGUAUCAGCGAAUACGUCUACACGCUAACUAACUAACGUGCUUUUCAAUCGGAGAUGCUUAUCGAUCGUGUGUGAUCUUUCACGCGGGCAGUUUUGCAUCUCGCGGCUGCGCCAUUCAACUCUCGUAGGUAAGGACCAUUUAAUAUUAAUAGCUGCUAGAGAGUAGCUGAUAGGUGUCGCAAAGAAACAUAACAACGCAUAACGAGGGACAAAGCUCUCUAUCGCUCCGAAAUAUUUGUGAAAAUGCAGGACCUCGCUUUAUAAUGCUCCUGUGAUCGCUUGAAUGUCAAUCUUAACCCUGGAUCCAAGCACUAUCCUGUGCUUGUUCUUUUUUUCCUCUUUCUCUCCUUUUUUAUUCAAUUACAUCCACUGAACUCUAUCUCAAUCGAAACCAGUGUCGGUCACAAUCACAAUCACAAAGUGCGCCAGUCAUGUCUCUCGCUUUGUACACAGCGAAAAUGAAGUAAGACUCGUCAGGUGAACUUCGAUCGAAUUAAAAUAACACGAGACAAUAGUUUUUCACAUCGUAUAGACAUUAACAUAAUGUUCAACAUUAUGCACGUAUUGUUAAACAUACACUAUAUAUCAACAAAACUUAUUAUAUACAUAACAAGAGUAGAAAAAUGUCGAGCAUAUAAAAAAAAAUCUGCAACAUUAAUAUUGAAACAGAGCAACUAAUUACCGAGCACAGAAAUAUAUUAGAAAAUGAAGUACUUAUACGUAUCUCUUUUUCGUUAUUACAGACAAAUUAAACAGUUAAAAUUCAGACUGACGAGCUAACGAGGAAAUGAAAAAGUCUACAGUAUAUCAAAGAAAGAGUUGUAAUGGUCUAUGAUGGCCAGUUCCAGUUUAGGAUAGAGUUCAAUGAUCAUACCUUUUCUUUGCUAAUACUAAGACGUGCGCACGUUACUUUGUCCUUAAUGUCUCUUAACGCCAACUUAUAAUACGACCGAUUCGGAGACGGACGUCGAAACAAAUCAGUGCAGAGUAUUUGCAAUCAUAAAAUACUGACCGACACAAGAAAUCUCAUUAAUUUGUCCCAUGACGGAUAAUAUCGACGAAUAAUAGCGAUACAUUUCAAAUAUCGUCAAUCCAAAAAGUCACUGUCGUCAAAUCAAAUUUUACGUUAAAAUCCUACCGCUUUCACCCUUCCCAAAAUCACAAACGUCACGGACAGAUAGAUCCUCGUUCUUCUUCAGUGCAAUCUACUAAUCAGCCAUAGCCAAUGCAUACGCAACUUCUUGAAGGUAAAUAGCAAUUUCAAUUCUUUUCGGCAUUCCGACUCAAAAUUCGGUCGUAAGCGUUGAUACAAAUCUGAGCUGUUUUCUCUCUCUCUCUCAGUCGAGUACAAUCAGACAUUAUAAAAAUCUAAUCAGGCUUUUCAAAAGAUGAUACUACGAAAAAGUGAGAAAAGAAGAGAAAAUAAACUCAUUAUCGAGUAGAGCGAAUACACUUGAUCAUAUAUAACUUCUCAUUAUCAAAUUUUACAUGUAUAUUACAGGAUGUUCCAAACAAGAAAAUACAUGAAGAUAUCUUGGAAAAACGAUACAUCCGGAAGAUAAAUACUUCAAUAAUAUAUUUCAGUUACACAUAUUUCAAACGCGCAAAUUCAAAGAAGAUUCGUCGAAUAGCCGAUUCAUGCGAUCUUCUUAAUAUUCCUAAUAAGUCUACAUCAAGAUCGUUUUGAAGUUUCAAGUGGAGAUUGUCGUUUUGUAUUGUGAAUUCUCGUUGGAUGAUUUUCAAAAUGGUUGAAUUUCUCAAAUUACCCACAGUCGAUCUCCACUGGUGGUACAGCCUGAGUAAUAUCUACAGUUUUUAUUUCCACUGUUUGUUUCCACGAUUCAUAAUUAAAAAGGCUUUUAAUGAAGAAAGGUUCAAUUAAAAUGUGUCGUUUUUAAGAUAUGUUUAUGUAACUUUUUAUUUGGAACAGCCUGUACAUGUGUGUGCGCGCGCACGAGCGCGUGUGUACAUACAGUGCACACAAGUACAGGCUUCCUCUUUUUUUUUUCUCUGCUCGUUUCACGUAUGCAAUAUAAGUGUAUCGUAUUAAUUUUUCUCGGUUUAUAACUCUAUCGUAUUUAUUCUCACGUGAUUUCAGUUAAUAUUAAUUUAUAUACGAGUUCUAUACAUAUAUGUAUAAUGAAAAAACCCCUUCGACCGAGCGGCCACCCGCGAGAUGCUAAGAUCGAAACAUCGAGAUUAUUUCUGUGAUCUGCGAUCCUUCGAAAUUCGAGAGGGAAAGGAAGAAAAUUUAAUAUCUAAUCCUGUGUCAUCUGAAAUAGAAUGCUCGAAUUAAAAAAAAAAAAGCCCAGUAUUUUUUUCUUCUUCUUUCACUGCUAAGUCGAAAGAUGACGCAAAUAUAGCUCUCUUCCUCUCUUUUUCUCGAUUUUGAAACACAUUUGUCGGCGCGCGGAUGACCCGGUCGAAUACAAUGGCGCGUACGAAAAUGAAUAAAAGAAAUAUGAUACGCAUCUAUAAUGAGUUCGAUAUAUCACCUAAGUAACUAAAUACUUCCAAGGUAUCCACCUCAAUGUCACGAUGCUUGGAUGAUAUAAUUGUAUAUAAUACAAUUAGGAAAGACGUAUCUCUCGAUUAAUGUUCGAUGCGAAUACAACCAUAAUAAUAAUACAUGGAAACUUCGUUCUACACAUAAACUGUAACAACUCAAAUCUCUCCCACGUAGUUCGUUUGUUUCUUUUUUUUUUCUUUUCCUUCUCAGGGUGCUAAAACGAAGAUAUUACAUAUCGUAACGAUGGUUCAAAGUCAUAAGAAAUCUAGCGCGAGUUUUAUUUCUUUUUCACGUCUCUAAACGACAAGACAGGCACUUUAUAGUGUCACAAAAUGCUCCUACGUCUGAACCUUGUUUUAAAGUUUCAUCGAUCGUCCGUUCGUUCAUUCCGUUUUCUCACAUCUCUCUCUCUCUCUCUCUCUCUCUCUCUCUCUCUCUCUCUCUUCCUCUUGCUUUGCAAGACACGUUAAAGACAGUUGCGUUGGACUUACAGCGAAGAACACACAUGACUGGACAAGCACAUUGUCCUCGGGGAAAGAUAUUCUUAUUAACUAAGUAGUAAACCUCGGUAAUAAGUUUGACGUGACAAGUCCUAACGUGUCUCUCACAUUUUACUUUUGCUUUUGUUCUCUAACCGCGCAAAUGAGAAAAAGUACUCACUCAUCUUUCCGUUAUAAAAUUCUAAGUCAGCGGCUUAGCAAACGGACGUUGCAAAACAAUCGUGUACGUAAAUAGAUUCGGCUAGAUGCGUGCGAAUCGAUCUCUCUAAGUCGGCUGUCGAUAUAAACACAUAAGUUCCGAUAUUUUGCACACUAGGUAUCAACCUAAGACGAUUAAUGCCUGCGAUGCGAAGGGGACGUAAUAGAAUAACGAAUUUAAUACUCAGCGAUCGGAACGCGACUCUUGAGAACGUUUAAAACAAGUUUAGGCUACUGCUUACACGUCUAUCGUCGCUCUGACAGAUCGAAA